GGAACCAGUAAGUAAGCAUAUUUUGUUGUGCGACACACAUGCGCGAAAAAUGCCCUGCAAUUUUGGGUUGCAUCCACAAAAUCAUCGACCAUCUUCGUGUAGCAAGCCACAACAAUGGCAAGCCUCUUGCCAACUUCUCCGAGUAUGAUGAAAAUCAGUAAAAGGGUUUGUUUUGUAGGGAAUAUCAUAGUCUUGGUUGCCAUCGUUUGCACAAACGAAGAGUUGCAAUCAUCGAUCAGGUCCAAUAGGUGACGAAGGCGUUGAGAGAAAUAGGCAGCACCAGUAUUGUCGCGUUGUCGUCAUUCAAUCAUGACUAAGAAAACUCUAGUAAAGGGAGCCCAAGCUGCCACCCGAGCGACCGGUGGGAAAUGGCUCCUGAAGAGGGGACCUAGACAGAACGUGGACAGGACUCAGCGUCGACUCAAGCGCAAGCUUGACAAGCCCAUGAAUGGUAUGAAGAAAGGUGGAAAACGAGGUCAAGAUGAAGACGAAGAAAAAUAUGCCGCGGGCCCGCAAGAGUCGUCAGCGGACCCCGGCUUUCUCAAAGAGGUAACAUCGAUGGAUGAGUACUUUGAGCCCUUCUUUGACAGAUCACCUUCUGCCGAUGUGCCACCAUUCAUGGGUGAAGAUGGCAACAUGUUCUCGCGAGACCAGCCAUCCAUUGCUCCUGGAACUGGCCGGCCCCCGGCAGGUGCUCCUGCCGUUAUCAUGGCACCGUCUGCCGAUUUUGCCCCGUCUUUGAUGACCCCCACCGAUGGCAUGCCGUCUUUUGGUGAGCCGACUGUUGAUCCAGACAUAGCCAAGCCGGAGGAGGAAAAGCCGUCUCCAGGUGAAGCCACAAAGGCGCCUGCAACAUUGAGCCCUGUUUAUCCUCCCUCCUUCUUUGGACCUACUCCUCCAAAGACGCCUACGGUUCAUCCACCGUCAUUCUUUGCUCCAAGACCUACACCAAGACCCACUCCCUCUUGGCCCACGGCUGCACCAACUCGUAGGACAAACCAGCCCGAAACCAGGAAGCCACACAGUCUUUCCAAGAGACCCACUAGCGCUCCAACCGUGACAUUGCGCCCGACGAAUGUACCUACUGAGUCUUCGAUGCCUACGGGCACUCCAAGUCUAGCUCCAAGUGCUGCACCAACUACCAGUGUCCCCACCCAAUUGCCGACAAUGUCGGCAUCCACGCGCACCCCUACUGGCGUGCCCACCUCUUCCCCCACUACCGCUUCCUCCACUGCACCACCCACAUCUGUGGAAACAUCAGAGCUGCAAGAUGUCUGCGUGGCUGAUGACAAUGGAGACUUUGGAUCUUCCAUUGCUCCGCAAUCAGAAGAGGUUGUUUACCGCUUCCAAGUGGAAACGACAUCAACUAUUACUGCUGAUGAUUUGAACGAUUCCAUUCUGCCUUUAGUGGAGAGGGACAUCAGUGACGUUUUGGUGCCACCGUUGUUCUUUGAAGAUGGGGAAUGUGUGGAACGCCCGCUUUCGACUACAAUCAUUAGACGCCAUGGCAAGCCUGUCAUGAUGGUCCAGGGCGUUGCUGACGAAACCAAAACUGAUAAAUCAAUUGCACAAAAAUGGGCACUGACUUGGUUCACCAGCAAUCUCGCCCCCCUUGAUGCCAAGAAGGCAAAGUCCCUUGAUAGCAAAAAGGACAAGGGUGGGCAUCCUCGGACAUUGUUAGAACGCAGUCUCCAGAACGCUUCGUUUCCUUUCAACGAUACUUUGCUCCCCAAUGGCACCCUUCCACCAGAAACAAUGCUGCCAAUGAUAGGCGAAAACGAGGUGGUCGGUCUCACUGCUGCUCCGGCAGAUCAAGUCAUCCGUGGAAGGCUCCAAAAUGCUUGCCCCUCCCCAGUCACAGGGUUGGGGCCUGAUGGUCAACCACUGACAUGCUGGGUAGUCGAAGGUAUUGUUACCCUGUAUGGCUUUGGAAACUUGACCUGGGUCGGCGAUGUUGUGCAAUCUACUUUGAACGCUGCCAUGACGAGUGGGACUUUCGACAACGGUACAGUCAGCGACGAUUUGCUGUUCGUGCGGUAUAUCGCCCCAGGGACAGUCCUGAGCACCACCCCAGAUGACGCUACAAGAUCAGUCGAAGAAGAGGACAGUGGCACUCCUACGUGGGCUUGGAUCUUGAUUGGACUUGGUGUCGCUGGUUUUGUAGCAGCGGUGGGACUCCUCGCCUACCAGAACAAUCAGGGCAGUGAAGGUUCCGCACGAGGAGAUGAUCCCGAGGUCGACUCCCUAGCCGGAGGAGACAACUUUAGAGACGAGCCACCAGAGCCAGCUCCAGUACCAGCACCAGCUCCUGCGUCAUACGAUUUUCCGGACGAGACGGCAGUUUGAGCAACGUUGCUGAAUAGAAUGUUCGUAUAUCCAGUGAAUUGUUCGAAGGCCGAAUGAAUCGAAGAAACCAUGUGAAGUAUUUUGUACGUGUUUUUUAUGUAAGGUGUCAAGGAACCUGCGGUUGUCACCGUUUAUCAAGUUCAAAGAGGUCGUGCGGUAGAUGAAGCAGAUAGAAACUUCAAAACUGGGUUCCCGAAUACUCUUCUUUACGAAGUGCAUAGUAAAUGAUGAAUAGUAAAAGAUAUCGUUGCGUAC